AUGAAGCGAUCGUUCCAAGGAUCCAUGCUAACUACUACGGAAAAGGAGGUUCUCGAUCCCACCGUUGUUAAGAAACCCGUCUUCCUCACCAAAGCUCACAGAGAAGAAUUAGCCCUAAAACGCCGCCACGAUAAAACCGAGGAUCGUCAUCGCCGCCUCGUUCAGAUCACUAGCUCCAAUUCCGAUAAUAGCGAUGGAAACCGUUACCGAGAUCGGACUAGAGAACGAGGCCGCGACCGUGACAGAGACAGAGAGAGCGAGCGUGAGUAUCGUGAACGUGAAGGCAAAGCUAGGGCUGAGAAAUCAGUGAAGUUAGAGCGUGAGAAGGAGAUUAACGCCAUGAAAGAGCAAUACCUAGGAACCACGAAGCCUAAGAAGAGAGUCAUCACGAAGCCGAGCAAGAAGUUCUGUUUUGAUUGGGAGAACACUGAAGAUACUUCCAGUGGAGAUAUGAAUGUUCUAUACCAAAACCCUCACGAAGCUCAGCUUCUGUUUGGGAGAGGGUUUCGCGCUGGGAUAGAUCGCCGUGAACAGAAAAAACAAGUGGCGGCUAAGAAGCGUGAGGAAAGAGAUAAGCACUGGAGCGAGAAGAAGUUAGAGGAGAUGAGUGAAAGAGAUUGGCGUAUUUUCAAGGAAGACUUUAAUAUAUCUUAUAAAGGAUCCAAGGUUCCUCACCCGAUGAGGAACUGGGAAGAGGCUAUACCUUUAGGACUUGAACAGAGAGAUGUUAUCGGCAUUGCAGAGACUGGUUCAGGCAAAACCGUUGCUUUUGUUCUGCCGAUGCUAUCUUACAUAUCAAGAUUGCCACCAAUGAGGGAAGAGAAUCAGAGUGACGGUCCUUAUGCUCUUAUUCUUGUUCCAACAAGAGAGCUUGUAAAGCAGAUUAAAGAAGAGACGGUUAAGUUUGCACGUUAUUUGGGGUUAAAAGUGAUCUCCAUCGUUGGUGGGGAGUCAAUAGAGAAACAAGCGUUGAAGCUAUCACAAGGAUGCGAGAUUUUGAUUGCCACGCCUGGUCGAUUGCUCGAUUGUCUUGAGACAAGGUACGUGGUGUUGAACCAAUGUAACUAUUUGGUUCUUGAUGAAGCUGACCGUAUGAUUGAUAUGGGUUUUGAGCCACAGGUUGCAGAAGUGUUAAAUGCAAUGCCUUCAAGUAAUUUGAAACCAGAGAAUGAAGAUGAAGAGCUUGAAGAAAAGAAGAUUUACAGAACUACGUAUAUGUUCAGUGCCACAAUGUCUUCUAGUGUAGAGCGUCUCGCUAGAAAGUACAUGAGGAAUCCAGUCGUGGUCAACACUGGGGAGACCACAAAGCUGGUCUUUCAACAAGUGAUCAUGAUCAAAGAAUCAGAAAAGUUCUCUAGGUUAAAGAAACUGAUCGAUGAGCUCGGUGAUGAGAAGACAGCGAUUGUGUUUGUGAACACCAAGAACAAGGUUGACUUCAUCGUCAAGAAUCUAGAAAAGAUAUCAAGGUGUCGUGUGACAACAUUGCACGCAGGGAAGUCGCAAGAACAGAGAGAUAUCAGCUUAGAAGGGUUCAGACAAAAGAGAUUCAACGUUCUUGUUGCAACAGAUGUUUUAGGCCGUGGGCUUGAUAUUCCUGAUUUGGCUCACGUCAUCAACUACGAUAUGCCUAACGCAAUAGAUAUGUAUACGCAUAGGAUUGGACGAACUGGACGAGCAGGGAAGACAGGUGUUGCGACAACGUUCUUGACUCUCGAGGAUAAAGAUGUGUUUUACGGUCUGAAGCAGAAGCUUGUUGAAUCUAAUAGUUUGGUGCCACCUGAACUUGCGAGACAUGAAGCCUCUAAGUUUAAACCAGGAACCAUUCCUGAUAGAUUCUCCCAUUUUUAGGGAUAUGGUGUUAGUAACGUUA